AUUGUUAUGCCAUUCUAGGGCGAGAGUGAGAAGAGGUUAUUGGGAUGUGUAUUCAAGUUCUUUAAGCCACUGAUCAGACAGACGCUGCAGCUGGGCGGCACUCUUACGCGAGGGACGGAAUGUCGCAAAUUCUUCGUGGAGAUCAUGGACCGGCUGGUAGACCCCACCCAACGACAGACCAAACUGACGCGCGCAGACAUUGACCUACUGUACACCCUCGCGGCCGAGGGCUGUGGCGAGAUCAUCGCCGAGACUGAGAACUCCAGCACCACACAGAUCACCUACAUUGUGCACAGGCUGUUCACUGUGGUGUCCGUGUGUGUGCAGCAGUUGAUGGCAGCAGACACACAGCCGAAAGUGGGCCACGGCAGUGAGGGUGGGGCGAGUGGCCUGGCUGUGUUUAACCGCGCGGCUCCCGAGUCGGAGAAGGGCCCCGGGCGGAGUGUGGUGGGUACGUGACGCUGGUUGGAGGGGAGCGUUGCAUGGGAUGGGAUGGGAUGGCAACACUCGUCAUGUACACUCGUCAUGUACACCAUGUACACCAUGUAACCAUGUAACCAUGGUAACCAUGUACCCUUCAAUGGGCAGUACCACCCUGGGUAAAGAAUGCACGCAUACUCACUGACUGUAGUACGGUCACCAGGUGUAUAGGUGUAUAGGUGCAUAGGUGUACAGGUAUAUGAGCUCGCUAUGCGCUUGCCCACUAGGACUAUAUCUGAUGCAGCCAUUCGACGAAGAAUAGAACGUCACGAAAUGGGUUCCGUAGGUCUAUGUCUCCACACAACAGCCGAGCCAAGGCGUGUAGACACACGGGGUCGUACUAGGAGAGUGCGUGGUCGUACGAUGUCUGAUAGGAGAGUACGUGGUCGUACGAUGUCUGAUAGUAGAGUGUGUGGUCGUACGAUGUCUGAUAGGA